AUGUCGAUGCUUGUCCGGAAAGGGACUAUGGUAAGGAAGAACAGAGGAUCAUUGAAAAGGGGAUCGGGACGGAGAAUGCAUUCCUCUAGUUCUACAGGUAUUUCGACCGGAAGUACAAAAUCUACUGGGAGUUACGGCAGCUACAAAGGAUCCUCGAAGCCAGUUGCUGCUAUAAAAGCUGAAAAUGCUAGUCAAAGUUCCCCAUCAAGAAGCCUUGCCAGCACUGUGGUGUCUUUCGACGAUCAGCGAGAACUGUGUAAAACAACACUAGACUGGUCAUCCAGAGGUAAAUCAGUGGACACAGAACAGGGAAACUAUGGUGCUAUAUUCAUCCAAAUACAGGAAGCCAAAGCCGAAGCUACUGGUGCAUGUGAUUUUAUUUGUCGAAGUGGCAGACUUAUUUGCCAUACAGCCUUCAUAACCGUACUUGUCGGAAUAUCCACGGCGCUACCUAUUACCAUGCUCUCCGUCGGUGUGAAAUACCUCAAUGAAUGUCCGCGACAAAGAAAGAUUCCUGUGUACUUAUUGGUCGGUGGAUGUUUCGGCAUGGUAAAGAUUAUUGGAACAGUGUGGCAUAAUAUUCAAAGCAAACGUUAUGAAGAACUUGAUUCGUUUUACGAUGCGCAUGAAGGCGACGGAGCAUUUGCGUCACGAACCUUCAGAAUGAUGGAUGUGAUGCUGACGACAUUUCUGUUCGCUUGGCUGGUGGCGGGGACGUUUUGGGUGUUUGAUAUCUGGGAGCCCCACUAUCAACAGCUUCUACAUGAGCCGAGUAAUUGGUGUGACAGAACAGUGUACCUCUUUGCCGCAUAUCAGAUCAUCGCUUCGUAUGCGUUCAUAUGUGUCCUUAUUUUAAUUAUGGCUUCACUCGCGUUGUGCUUUAAAUGUAAACAUAUGUGUCAUCGAAGAUAA